AUGACAGGACAACACCCAUCUGGUGAUCAUUACUAUCCUUCAAGUGAUAUGUCCAACUCUACACAUACUCCUACCUUUCAGCAGAACAAGCAUUUUAAUGGGGCUUCUAUCCAUUCAGGUCCUGCCAUCGCCAGAAAUCGUGGCAAUAUCAACAUUAAUUUCAACUCCAGUCAUCCAUUGACCACAGCACCAAAUUCUCGAUCUCAGGCUCCUGCUUACCACAAUCACAGUGGUUAUAAUUCCCCUCAUUCAGCUGCACCAGUCCCAUCCUCUGCAGGGCAGAAGCGCACACAUUCAUCGUACAAUGACGAAGACAGUGAUGAUGAAUUGGAUCAAUCUUUGACCUCCCAAGUGCCUCAGUCAGGUGCAAUUCGGUUGCCUGCUACUGCGGUGCCACCAGCUGGAUCUAUUCAAGUUGGUCCAGAAGUUAUUGCUGCCAUCACGCAGAUGUACAGCCUCAACAGCGAGAGGUCGUGCAGUUUACAGUCUUAUGCUUUAGCUGCCGGAGAUAUGCCACUGCCUGCAAAUAUGACAUCUCUUAUGUCCUUCGCCGCUCUGAACAAGUGCUUACAACUUGUAGAAGAAACCGCUACAAAAGUGGCUACAUUCUCUUCUGAGUUGGCGGUUCUCAAGGGUCUUAUCAAAACUUCAUGGGUGGUUGAUGAUGCCUUGAAGGCCCAAUUUACAGAUAUGGCGAAGCGGGCACUCGUCAAGGAAGACCGAACAAACUUUGUCAACAUGUACCAAGACAUUCUGGACAUCGAGCAACAUCCAGAUGAGCUGAAGAUUGCCGAACAAAUCAAAGCCAAGACCCAUAAAGCAGCUAUUGUUCGUGCAAUUCGCAAUGCAUGCAACAAUGUCCGCAACACUGCAAGGAAAUUUAUCCUCGUAUCAGUGCAAGACGGCCCCUUAUGCCUGACUCUUGAGGAUUUCGCAGUCUCAUGGCUCACUCGUUUCAACCCUGCUGCAGUUGUGAUACCGCUGCCAGUUACACUGCUGGCACAAGUGGUACAAAUACGUGACUUUGCCAUGCACAAUCUCGAGCUGCUCGACUUGGACGGGAAUGACGAUGACGAGAAUGACGAAGGUGCAACACCAGCUCCUACAUCACGCUGCGUCAAAAAGAAGGCCAAGGUUGAUACGGCAGAACCCAAGUUUUGGAAGCGGUUUGAGACCCACCUUCGUGCUCAAAAAGAUCAUUAUGCGCAAGACAAGGAUGGCUAUCAGCGUUAUAUUGGAGAAUUAAUCACCAAGGAUCGCGCACGAUUCGGCAAGCCUAACACCACUGUUUCGCGAGGUGACAACAUCCCAGGACCUUCGACUAACCCCCAUGCACUAAUGACCGCCGACCAUGACCUUAACAACAUGCUGGUAACAAUGUUUGAUCAUUCAGUGUGCUGCUGAUAUUUCCCUCUCCUUCUCAUCCAUAACCAUCAUUUCACAUACAAUCAUUGGACACUCGCUCACACAUUAUCAUUGGACUCCCAUCAUUUCGCAAUGCAUUGGACUGAUCACCAUCAUUCUCACACGUCAUUCUCACUUGACUAUUCCUUUUAUUUAAUGGCCUUCUGUCCCUAGUAGC